AUGUUUGCUGUACGACGCUCUGUCCAAGACAAACUGAAAUCCUACCUUAAGAAGAAGUACGGCUGUAUAUAUGAGGGGACGUCAAAGGAAGGUGAUUUCAUCUACCUAGACCAGAUCUACACUGAGCUCCAUGUGAUCGAGGGGGCCUGGGGAGGGGUCAGAGAUGAGCAUGAGGUCAUAUAUUUGGAAUCCAGAACACUAGCCACAGGAGAGACCACUAUUGAAGCCAACAACAUUUUCAAACCCCGACCUGAUCAAAAGAAGCCAAUCAGAACAGGGCUUACACUGGGCAUCGCUGGCGUGGGAAAGACUGUCUCCGUUCAGAAGUUUAUUCAUGACUGGGCAGAAGGAAAGGAGAACCAAGACAUUGAUUUCAUCUUUCCACUUCCUUUUUGCAAAAUGAAUUCUAAUAUGGGGGAAAAGGACUGCAGUCUGAUUGAACUGCUUCAUCAAUUCUUCAGUGUCAUGGGACCGGUGAAGACCCUGGGGGAAGGCUCUAAAGUUCUGUUCAUCUUUGAUGGUCUGGACGAGAGUCGACUUCCUCUGAACUUCAACAGUAAGGUUCUGACAGACGACACAAAGCCAGCCUCGCUGGACCAACUGAUCACAAACCUCAUCACAGGAGAGCUCCUCCCCUCUGCUCUCAUCUGGAUAACCUCCCGACCUGCUGCAGCCAAUCAGAUCCCUCGUCAACACAUCCACCAGUGGACAGAGGUACAAGGGUUCAAUGACCAACAAAAGGAGAAGUACUUCACGAAGAAAAUUAGUGAUAAGAACCUGGCCAGCAGAAUCAUCAACCAUGUCAAGUCAUCAAGGAGCCUCCACAUCAUGUGCCACAUACCAGUGUUUUGUUGGAUUUUAGCCACUAUUCUAGAGAAGCUGUUGGAUGAAGCAGGGAGUGGAGAUUUGCCCAAAACCCUGACUGAAACAUACUUACACUUCCUGAUCUUUCAGACAGACAGGAUGAGAGCAAAAGGGAACUCCGUAGGAAGUGACAACAUAGUCCUCAAACUUGGAGAGCUGGCUUUUCAUCAGCUGGAGAAGGGAUAUCUUAUCUUCUAUGAGGAAGACCUGACAGAGUGUGGCAUUGGAGUCAGAAAAGCAUCCGUGUACUCAGGAUUGUGCACCGAGAUCUUUAAGGUGGAGGGGAGGACCAGUCAGAAGACAGUGUUCAGCUUUGUUCAUCUGAGCAUCCAGGAGUGUCUUGCUGCUGUUUAUGUGUUUCUCACAUUCAUAAACUGCAAUAAAAACCCACUGGUCCAACAGAACUCCUCAUUUUUGCGGAAACUUCGGAAACACCAACCUAUGAUGAACUUACUCAAGAGUGCAGUGGACAAGGCCCUAAAGAGUAAGAAUGGACACCUGGACCUGUUCCUCCGUUUCCUUCUGGGCCUCUCACUGGAGUCCAAUCAGACUCUCCUACAAGGCCUACUGACACAGACAGGAAGCAGCUCACAGACCAAUGAGGAAAUAGUUGAGUACAUCAAGAUGAAGAUCAGGAAGAAUCCCUCUCCGGAGAGAUGCAUCAAUCUGUUCCACUGUCUGAGUGAGCUGAAUGACCAUUCUCUAGUGAAGGAGAUCCAAAGAUACCUGAGCUCAGGAAGUCUCUCAGCAGCCAAACUGUCACCUGCACUGUUUUCAGCUCUGGUGUUUGUGUUGCUGACUUCAGAAGAAGAGCUGGAUGUGUUUGACCUGAAGAAAUACUUUAGAUCAGAGGAGGGUCUUCUGAGGAUGCUGCCAGUAGUCAAAGCCUCCAGAACAGCCCUGCUGAAUCAAUGUAACCUCUCAAAACGAUGCUGCAAAGCGCUGGGCACAGCUCUCAUCUCCUUACACUUGAAAGAGCUGGACCUGAGUGGCAACGACCUGCAGGAUUUAGGAGUGAAGCUGCUCUCUGCUGGACUGCAAAGUCCACAAUAUGCCUGUGAUCUGACACUGGACCCAAACACAGCACACAGAACCCUCUCUCUGUCUGAGGAGAACAGGAAGGUGGAAUGGACCUGGAGGGAGCAGCCGUAUUCUGAUCACCCAGAGAGAUUUGAGGACUAUGAACAGGUGCUGUGUAGAGAGGGUCUGACUGGGUGCUGCUACUGGGAGGUAGAGUUGAGUGGGAGGGCUUGUAUCGCGGUAACAUAUAAAGGAAUCAGCAGGAGAGGAAAGGGUCCUGACAGUCGGCUUGGAGCCAAUGACAAGUCCUGGAAUCUGAACAGCUUUUAUAACAGUUACUCUGCCAGGCACAAUUAUAAGAGAACUGACAUACCUGUCCCCACGUCCCGCUCCAACAGAGUGGGAGUGUAUCUGGACUGGCCGGCCGGCACGCUGUCCUUCUACAGCGUCUCCUCUGACACACUGACCCACCUGCACACAUUCCACUCUACAUUCACUGAGCCCGUCUACCCAGGGUUUUAUGUAAGGGGUGACACAGGGACUGUGACCCUGUGUCAGGUAGAAUAA